AAGAGCGCAGCGACGCACCAUGACUCUCCACUGGACUUAAGCAAUAAGGAUUUUCCCCGUCUCCACGCAGUGAACUCGCAGCUGUGUAUUUUAUUUAUUUUUUUCACGACAAAAAAAAAAGUUUGGCAAAAGUUUUGCCCACCAGUUAUUUUUUUCAAGAUGCCACGCUCUUUUCUGGUCAAGAAACACAUAAACUCCGCGAGGAAGCCAAAUUACAGUGAGCUGGAGAGCCCCACAGUGUUCAUCACGCCGCACAUCUACCGGGGCAUCCCCCAGCAGGAGAUCCUGAGCCCGGCCGCGUACAGCCCCAUCACCGUGUGGACUACCAGCAACUUGCCGCUGUCCCCGCUCCCCAGCGACCUCUCCCCCAUCUCUGGAUACCCGUCGUCGCUCUCCGACGCCUCCUCCAAAGACCACAGCGGCUCCGAGAGCCCGAGGAGCGAUGAAGACGAGCCGAUGCUGCCCAAACUGACAGACCCUCACGGGGUGGAGGCAGAGAAAUUCCAAUGCGGAUUGUGCAGCAAGUCCUACUCCACGUACUCUGGACUGCUUAAGCACAAACAGCUGCACUGCGACGCCCAGACGAGGAAAUCCUUCAGUUGUAAAUACUGCGAGAAGGAGUACGUGAGCCUGGGGGCUCUCAAAAUGCACAUCAGGACUCACACGUUGCCUUGUGUUUGCAAAAUAUGUGGGAAGGCGUUCUCCAGACCGUGGCUGCUCCAAGGACACAUCAGGACGCACACCGGAGAGAAGCCGUUCUCCUGCCCCCACUGCAACAGGGCUUUUGCGGACAGGUCCAAUCUCAGGGCUCACCUACAGACCCAUUCGGAUGUGAAAAAAUACCAAUGCAAGAACUGCUCCAAAACCUUCUCCAGGAUGUCUCUCCUGCACAAGCACGAGGAAUCUGGUUGUUGUGUAGCACACUGAACUGGGAUACUUUUACCAACACCAACCACCACCACCAGAAGAAGAAAAAAGAAAACAAAACCCUCUUGUUGCUUCUAUGUUUGUUUUUGUUUUGUUUUUUUCCCCCAGGAGAACUGUCAGGGAAUCACUUCGAAGGGGGUUUGUUCCCAAAUAUGCAGACUUUUUUUUUUUUCUUCUUCUUCUUCUUCUUCUUCUUCCUUCUUCUCCUUGGAGCGGUCCAUUUCAUUUCAAAGUGAGAAAUAUCUCUGCGCUCACGUGCUUCUCGUUUCAAAGCAGUUGUUUCUGCGUCGAGCUCAUGUACUUACUUUACCUACCUGUGCUAUUCAUGCACUUUUUUUUUCUUCUGCAUGUCUAGAAUGUUUUAUAUGCCUUCACAAAUGUUAUCGUCAGUGUUUUUUUUGUCUUAUCAAUGGCUGUCAUGCAGUCCUCCACUUUUCCUUUUUUUUCUAUACGGACCACACAAACGAUACCAAAAAAGGCGCAUUAUGAAUGACAGUACACACAUAUAUAACAAGAGGAAUACCGAAGCCAUUGUUACUUAGGGAACAAGUGCAAACUUUAGUUUUUAGGGUGAAAUUAUGUUUAACUUUUUUUGCACAGUCAUUAGAAAACAGUUUGCCAGCACUCGAAUAGCAGAACAAACCUUUCUCAAAAGUGCCUCAGUUUGUCUUGGCAAUAAUAUGUAUUAUUCAACAGUUUUCCUGUUAUAUUUUUUAUAUAUUGAAUGUAAGCGUGACUGAGAUGAUUGUAUAUUUACAGUGGAAAAACUGUGACGCGGAAUGACUUUUCAUAUUUUUUUUCAUAUUUUUCAUGACACUUUUAUUUUUUUAGAAAUAAAGUUUCGUGACAUUUUGUAUAAUUUUCA